GGGCUGGCGGAAGGAUACGUUAUUUAUAGCGUUAUUGUUCCUGCUUCAAUGUGCGCCUUAGUUUCCCUGGGGAUCCACAUAAUACUACAGAGUCAUUUCGUAAGGAACUCGGGGAGAGCCAAAAACGAACAUUUGAACAUAACAGUCCAGUACAGAGAAUGGAGUUUACAGUCUUCAGCGAUCCUGGUGGUGACCUGCCUAACUUGUGGAUCAUGGUUGUGGUUCCAACAAAAGCAUUCCAUCACCGCUGGAUACACAUUCUGCACAGCAAGUUGUCUGCAAGGACUUUUGAUUUUAGCGUGCUAUUGGAUUAGAGACAAACAGGCACAAGAAGGUGUGAGAAAAAUCCUUCAACGUUUAGGCCUAACACAACCUACCAACAACAAAGAAGAAGACGUAUCUCCUCCAGAACCCCAACCUAUGUACCCUAGAAGGAUCUUGGAUUCGCCAGUUUCCUACGAAACCAAUGUUCACCCUGAUGCUACUUCUCCUGUCCGACCUUCUUUACCUCCAGUUAUACCAGAAAUUUCAGAGCUUGCUCAUCUACCACCCAACUUGAGAAUUCACCGAGACCUCCCAGAACGCCUGCACACAAGGUCUCCUAUCUACCGUCCAGGACAAUAUUAUCCAAGUUGAUAAUCUGGGAUUUCUGGCAACUGUCGAUAAGCCUAAGCGAUGCGUGGGAAAUAAGACGUUAACACCACCAUCGCUGUAAUUGUUUCGUGGACUCGAACUUAUCAAGCAUUAUAAAAUAUUUUGGUUUACGUCUAAUGUUGCUGCUAGACCAAGAAAAUACUGUGGAUACGUAAGCCUAACAACACCAAAAUAAACAGAACUUUUUAAAAGUGCAUGCAACGCCUAACGACUCUCCGGAGUCGGACGUAUUUAGUGUGUUUACAUCUAACGCCUUUCUGGUGUAUCUAAUAGCACUGUUUGAACAAUGUCUAAAUUAUACUUACACCUAACGGCAAGUAAUUAGUGUGUUUACAUCUAACGACGCUAGGAUCUCGGACGUUCUUUGU